AUGCCUGAAACAGCGUGGGAAAAGACCAAGCGUCUUUCAAAAAAGGGCUUUGACAAAACAUGGGCUACCGUCGAUCUCCUCGGGGCACCAGUCAAUCGUCUCUCCAACAAGUUAGGUGCCGAGGCCUUUUGGCCCAUGACCAUAGACAAGGAAAGCGAUAAAGCUGCUCGCAUUUUGCGCAGUUUCUGCACAGAUGGGUUCUACAGCCCUGACGACGGAAUUUAUACUGAUGAAAAUGGAAAGAUCAAUCGGCCCAAGGGAAAUCAGAGGAAUGCCAAGGGUAUCUGUAUCUUCACCACUAUGCGAACUGGUCUCUGGGUGAGUGGUUCUGGAGGUAGUGGUGUGUUACUGGCUCGAAUCCCAGAGACUGGCGAAUGGAGCCCUCCGUCAGGCAUCAUGCUUCACACAGCCGGCAUUGGAUUCCUUGCCGGUAUCGAUAUCUACGACUGUGUCGUCAUAAUUAACACCUACAAAGCUCUGGAAGCAUUUAAGAAGGUCCGCUGCACCCUCGGCGGUGAAGUGAGUGUUGCUGCCGGCCCCGUUGGCUUGGGCGGUACGAUGGAUAGCGAACUGCAUGCGCGACAGGCCCCCAUUUGGACCUAUAUGAAGAGCAAGGGUCUCUAUGCUGGUGUCGCAGUCGACGGAACCAUAAUUAUCGAGCGCACCGAUGAGAACGAGCGCUUCUACGGAGAACGAAUUUCUGUCCAGGACAUUCUAGCCGGAAAGGUCCGACACCCACCUUAUGAGAUCAAGACCCUUAUUCAAACAAUCAAGGCCGCGCAAGGUGAUCGGGACGUGGAUGAGAGCCUGCUCCCGCCUGCUGGGGAGGCGCCUGGCGAUAUUGAACUGAUUCAUGAGACCCAUUUCGGUGUGCCGGAGCCAGAUGACCCAGACCCGUACGGAGUGAAAGCGUUGGAGGCUGAGGGCACAUUCAUUCGGGAGGCUGGGACUAAGGUGAGGCCUAGCCAUGAAGCGUUUGAGUUCCGGCCUCACCCAAGCAGUCCGUUGUAUAGUACAUUCCCGCGGCGGAGCAUUGACAGCUCGACGCCCAACAGCUGGCGAGCUAGUAUACAGAGCCACACCAGUGUUGAUCGUGGCACCCAAACGACUGAUAUACCUCUACCAUCCGGAUCGUCGUUGAGUCGAGCGUCCUCGCGGAGCGUGAGUGUAAAAGAGACUGUUACCGACCGAUUAGAAAAUUUGGGAAAAGCCCCCAUCGAGGAGGAUAAGGUCCCGGUUUACAAUGGCGAGGAGAAAGAGGGUGAUGUUGAUAUUAAGGAACCCGUUCCCGUUCCAGAUGUAGAGGCUGUCGACAAGGAUGUUCAUGUGUGUGAUGUUGUCGUGGCCAAGCCGGAAAGCCGUGCUGUAACGCCAGUGGAGGACAGCGGAAUGAGCGACGACUCUAAGCGUAACUCACCUACCUUCACUCGUGCCCGUUUGGUGACCAUCCCCAAGCGCCCCACCCCACCUCCACUUCCUCCUCGUCACCCAGGACACACUUGGGUUUCGACUUCUAGCCGCGAGUCCACAUCUCCGACUGCGCUCUCUCAAUCCAGCCGCAGCACUGAGCCAACAGAAGCCACUGCCGAAGCCAUCUUGGAGCCAACCUUUUCGUCUGCCCCUCUCCCGUCCAACGUGAAGACAUUGCAGACCAAUGUCGUUCUCCCCGCUGUGGUGGACGAGGAUGAUCUCCUUUACUCCGACUCUGACUCUGAUUCUGAACUGCCUGUCGAUAAGGACGAUGAAUUUCACUCAGUCAACGGCGAUGAGGAAACAACAACCCAGGUAGCCACGGAAGAUAUCACUCCUCACAACAUUGAGGACGAGAAGACAGCUGAUAUGGAGUCGAUUGCCCUCACCGAGUCCAAGCCCGCAUCAAUCAAGUCAAUUGUAGAGGACGAUUCUCACUCAGAACUCCUGUCUUUGUCACAGGAGCUUGAGGCCAAGUCUGAAGCUCUCAAUGCAGAGAUUGCCGCCAACUCCAAGCCGGAGAACCACGUCUUUGUCUAA